AUGAGCUCGGUCAACUACUCUACUUACUCUUCCUCGUCGUCGCUGGUAUCGAACAACUCUUCGAAAAAACAACACUCAUCGACCGUGACGCUGAUCGGAAGAAAAUUGGCAGACGUUACAUCGCCAUCAAACGGAACUGGUGGCAGCCAGCAGCAGCAGCAGCAGCAGCGAGCAAACGAUCGAGCCCCAAUUGAAAACGAUGCAUCCAACAUUCCAGUGCAGCGUUCGUCUUCGUUCAAUUCGGCUUGUACGGUACCGUUGAGCGUUAGCAAAACGAUGCAGGUAAAGAAUUCCGCUUCAUUCAGCAACUGUUCGAUUCUGGCAAAAGUGGCUAAAAAGAGCUCGGUCUUGACGAGUUUGACCACAAAUCCGCUGCUUAAGUUUACUUCCAAUUCGGCUACAAACUUGUUGAAGCAGCAAACCGUACACGUGUCCUCGAGUUCGGCCAACUCCAUUUCCUACCAAAGCAAUAUAACGGAAACACUUGCAAAUGCGGGCAGUAAUAAUCACGUGCAUCAGGCUCACGCGCGAUGCAAAUCGUCCUCUACCGGUGGCAGCCUUUCAUCCUCCACCGGUCAGCUACCAUCACCUUCAAUGACUUCCCUUUCGUCCACCACAUCAACCGUGGCGAAUGGGCCCACCAGUAGCAUUAGCAGUCCCAUUUCGCUUAAUCAAUCGACCAGUACGACAGCUCUUUCGCUGGCUCAAUUCAAAAGUAAUAGUAUCGUUGAUUAUUACGUUUAA